AAUAUCCCAAAUGUAAGCUCUAUAUCAUCAUCACCUAUGCCCUGCUAGUAACUCUCUCAUUUAACCCUAUAUAUCUUCCCUUAUCACUUCCCUCCAAACAAAGAGAAAAAAAAACACUAAAAUAUAAGAGAAAAAUUAAUUUUGUUCCUAGUUGUCUUUAUAGGCCAUGGAAAAAAAUAGUAGCAAGUACUUCAACAAACACCAAACCAUGAAGAAUGUUAAAGAAUAUUCAUGGGAUAAUAAUUAUGUAGAUCAUCAAGGUGGUGAUUUAGUUGGAGGGUUUUUAUGGCCACCAAGAUCUUACACAUGUAGCUUUUGUAAAAGAGAAUUUAAAUCAGCUCAAGCUCUUGGUGGUCAUAUGAAUGUUCAUAGAAGAGAUAGAGCAAGGCUUAGACUUCAAUCACCAACAAUUCUUGAAUCAAACCCUAACCCUAAUUCAAAUCCUAACCCUAACCCUAGUUUUGUUUCAUCACCAUCUUCUCCUUCAACAAAACUAUUCCCUCCUUUUGUUUCAACAUUACCUCCAUUAUUAUCUCCUAAUUCAUUUUCUUCUUCAACCGCAGCGGGCGGAGGCUCUCAUGAGAUGAAAAAUGGAGAUUUGACAAAAAUGGGAAGUGCAAAAUUUGAGGAAAAUGGAAAGGAAUGUAGUGAAGUGGUGAAGAGGAGUGAAUUUUUGAGAUUGGAUUUGGGAAUUGGUUUGAUUAGUGAAUCAAAAGAUGAUUUGGAUUUGGAUUUGGAGCUUAGACUUGGUUACAUUUAGACUAGUUGUUGCCUUUUUUAAUUACUAGUUCAAGAAGAAGGAAAUAAAAGAAAGUCUAACAAAAAGUGCACUAUUUUAGUUGAGAUUGAAGAUGGAAAUUAGAAGAUGUGAUUGCCAUGAAGACAGCUAAGAUGAUAUUGUUGUUUUAUUUUAGAUUAUUAAUUACUAUUGUCUCCUUCAAUAUAUAAUUUCUAUGUUAUGUAUGUAUUGUAACUCUUAGUAGAUCUUCUAAAAUUGAUCAUGUCUUCUAAGUA